UUUGUACGCGCCAUCGCCAUAAUGCUUCGACGCAAAAAUUAUUACCGCAAACAUGUUUUGUUAGUCGUAUAAAGCUCUUGGAGCGUGAGUUAGGAGUUUAGUCUUCAAGAAUCGGUCAACCUAGGACUUACAGCCAUUGUAAGUGUUAAACGUGACAAGUUGUAAGUUUGUGAAGGUGAAAUUACUUUGAGUUGUGUUUACAAACGGACGACAGUGAGUGAAGUUAUCGCUUUUAAUUUUUAGUUGGUAGCCCCGCCAAUCAUCCGAUUUGACGUCAGAGUCAGAGAACUGUCAUCGAUCGAUUUAUUUUGGUUGGUGCGAUUUGCCAAAACAAAGUUGAGGAAACGUAAUUUCAAAGUAUUAUUUUAAGCUGUAGUUGGGUGCGAUAGUGAAACAUCUUGUUCGUGCCGCCGUUGCUGCGCCGUGAUUAGUGGUAGAGUUUUCUCGAAAGAUAAUUGACUUUCCUGUGCUAAUAAAGACAAUUUUGACUUGGUGCUUCGUAUUAUUGAAUUACGAAAUAGGCCAGAACUUAUAGGCCUCAUUACGUACCUAGUGUGAGUGAACAUAGUGCCCUCGUCAAGAUGUCCUCUCUGGGCAGUCAGUGGCGCAUUCUCCGGCACUACCUUUCCAUGACAAACCUCAAUGCUGAAGUGGAGAAAAUCAUCCAGAAAGUAAAGCCCGCCACCCCGGAGCAAUGGGAGAAUUUUAUAAACAAAUUGGAAAAGGCUCUUGCUGCCAGACCGGUCAGCAAGGUAGCUGCGAUAGAGCAGACAGAAACAGACAAACAACAAAAUGUUGUGCAUGCAUCAACUGUUGAGGAAACAGCAGAGAAGGCAAUUACAAAAGAAGAGAGAAAACCAGAAGAAAAGUUAAAACGGGAGGAGAAGAUGAGCGAUGACGGGCUGGUGGUGGGGUCAGAAGCCAAGGACAUCACGCUGGAGUCGCUGUGGCAGGGGCUCAAGCUGAAGAAAGACUUGCACUUUGGCAACAUCUCGCAGCCAAGCUGGAAGUCCAGCAGACCUGUCGUCACUAAGACGUCGAUCCACUCCCGCACGGCGUACGUGAUCUCCGCGCUGGUGGCGGCGCGCGACGCCGACGCCGCGCUGCGCCGCGCCGACCACUUCAUAGCGCACCUCAAACAGUUCCCCGAGGCCAGGGACCACGCCAUCAAGGAGGGCGCGGUGCGCGCGCUGCUGCGAGUCGAGCACCGGCUGGCGGACGAGUGCGCGGAGCUGGGCGGCGCGGUCAACGAGGCGCUGUCUCUGCUGGGCCACUGCCCCCCGCCGCCAGCGCCCGGGCCGCGCGUGCUGUCGCUGGACGGCGGCGGCGUCCGCGGGCUGAUCGCGCUGGACGUGCUGCGCGCGCUCGAGCUGCUGAGCGGCCGCCGCGUGCACCAGCUGUUCGACUUCAUCACCGGCGUCAGCACCGGCGCCAUCAUCGCCGCCGUCAUCGGCAGCGGCAUCGGCAACCUGGACACGGCUCGCGAGAUGUACCGCACGCUCUCCAAGCAGAUGUUCGGCAACACCUCGCUCAUCGGAGGCACGUCGCGGCUGGUGUGGUCGCAGUCGUACUACGACACGGAGGCGUGGGAGCGGCUGCUGCGAGACAGCCUGCGCGAGCUGCAGCUGUCCGAGUGCGCGCGCCGCAACACGCCCAAGAUGGCGCUGGUGUCGUGCGUGGUGAACGCGGGCGCGCGCCUGUCGCCGUUCGUGUUCCGCACGUACGAGUGCGGGUUCCGCACGCGCUCCGCCUUCCCCGGCACCAGCCGCGCGCGCGUGUGGCACGCCGUGCGCGCGUCCGCCGCCGCGCCCACCUACUUCAACGAGUUCAGGCUGGACGGGCUGCUGCACCAGGACGGCGGCAUCAUGGUCAACAACCCGGCCGCCGUGGCGCUGCACGAGGCGCGCCUGCUGUACGGGCCGCGCAGCAUGGCGCGGGGCACCAUCAUCUCCGUCGGUACCGGCAAGCCUUUGCAAGCCCAACACGACUACAGCCGCCUCGCCGCCGCCGAGCCAGCCUCCACGUCGUGGAGAGAAAAAUUCAACAAAAUUCUGGACUCCGCCACAGACACGGAAGGCGUCCACCAAACAUUAAACGAUCUGCUGCCGGGGGACAGCUACUUCAGAUUCAACCCGCCCCUGAUGGCGCCGUGCGCCAUGGACGAGAUCGACGACGCGAAGCUAGCUUCCCUCAGGGCGGACACGGAGGCGUAUAUCAGGAGAAACCAACACAAGUUCGAACGCGCGGCCGCCAGAUUGAUGCGGCCGCGCCCGUUGCACAUGAAGAUCGCGGAUUCUAUCAAACACAGGGCGGUCCUGCUCGGCAUGACUGACUGACGAAGACUUCCCCGCCGGCCGCCGUCUGGUGACUCUGAUGUCGAAACGUGUUAAAGACUUUGAUAGAAAAUUAUGUGUUUACGAACCUACUAUACCGUAAAGUUAGUGGUAACUUUUAACUAUAGAAAAUGUUCCUUUGAAGGAUAAAAAAUA